AUCUGGUUUGUGUUGGGUCGAAUUGAAUUGGAAUUGAUUGACUGGCCGCAUCGUUCUCGUUAUCGUACUGGGUCAGAAAACCAUCCACUUGGCUAUACAAGGAGGUCUUGACGACUGCCAGCUAUCCAUCCUACCAGCCGCGACAGCUCCCGUUGAGUCACAUUUUAUCGGCGGCUUUACGCGCAAAUACGGACAAUUAUAUCAACCUGUGCUGUAUGAUGCUUGAGCAGUGCAUCGUAUAGUCUUCAAGCUAUCAACGACAGUAUCGUGCGGCUUAGCAAGAGCGAAGCGGUUGACCUGCGAAUACACGAGACAAGCGAUCGUCACAUUUCCUCAUCGGCCAAUUCUCUCGCUCAGUCCUCCGCCCCAUCCCUUAUUUCUUUCACCGCAACAACAAAAUGUUUCGCCCUCGAGGUCACGAGGGCUCACAUCAGCCGGGAGACCCAACCUCUCCUGAGCCUGACACGCCUGCUUCUCAUUAUACCAAUCGAGUGCACGACCAGGUCCCCACACCGAUCACUGAUCAAGGUGCUAUCAUGAUGCCUGGAACCGGGACAGAUGGUAGACCAUUCUCUGGAGAAAAUGGAGGACCAUCUUCCGGCUCAUCGGCGGCCGCGACAGCAGGUUCACAUUCAGCCAAGCCUUCAUUGAGUAGUCGAGGUGCACAUGGAAUGGGAGGAGGUAGUGGAUCAGGCAUGGGUGACCUGUCGAGCGAACCUAGGUUAAGAGGUCAUGCCAAAGGUAAAGGAAGUGAAUCUGGACUUGUGGGACUCGGUAUAGCGACGAGAAGGGGCGAAAAAGCACCAAGAUUGAGUUUUAAGCGAUUGGUCAGUAGCAGUGAAGAGGUCAAAGGAUUGGCCAAACGCGGCGCAAGGCUGGGUCUAUCACAUCGCGCCUGGCUAGCCUUGACCGUCAUCGUGGGCUUUGUGAUGUUUACAAAGAUCCUCCUGCCGUCCGACAAUCGACGGUCUCACGCACAUCAUCUCGACGCACAUGCCUUGAUCCCACGCGAUUAUCUGAACAACUCGAUGAGUGAACCCGCUCCCUUCGAUUUUUGUCCCGUAUUUGGUCCUGGAGAUGCAAUCGCAGAACGCAGAGGACAAUUUGAAUUGCUCAAGUCACGUCUUCACACCGGUACGGGGUCUCGAAUCCAGAGGGUCCUACACAAGGCUAUGAGCGGUGCUCCGAUCACCAUCAGCGUUUUGGGAGGUUCCAUCUCUGCAUGCGUCGGUGCUGGAGAUGACCCCAUCGGCGAAAGAUGCUACCCGCAUAAGUUCUUCAACUGGUGGAACUCAGUCUUCCCUCAUCCUGCAAAUGAGCUCACAAACGGAGCGACGAGAAAGACAGACUCGGCUUACUAUGCGUAUUGCAACUCGCACCACCUUCCGGAUCAGACCGAUUUGGUCAUCCUAGAGUUCGAUGCCGCGGAUCCAAAUGAUCCCGAUUGGCUCGCGCACUUUGAGUUGCUCGUUCGAUCUGUCUUGGUCCGACCUGAGAUGCCAGCUGUCAUAAUCCUUGGUCAUUUCAGUCUGCAAGUGCAGGCUCAGAAUGGAUUCGCAGGACCUGAGCUGUUACACAACGUCGUCGCACAAUUUUACGACGUGCCUCAUAUCAGUGUGAAAGGCGUGAUCUACGAGCAAUACCUUCAGAAUCCCGAACGAUCUCGAUCCACAUUCUACCACGAUCCCAACCAUGCCAACGCUGAAGGUCAUGAUUUAAUCGCCGAUGUCCUCAUCUCGUACAUGAUGUCUCAGAUCUGUUCUGGAUGGUCGACACUCCAGGGGCAUUCAUUUGAAGUCCCUUCUUUCGGCAUCGACGCCAGCGGUAGUGUUUCCGGUUCACCAUCCUUGUUCGGGGGAGCUGGAUUGCGCAAAGGCUCGUUUGGACAAGCUCAACAGGCUGGCGAUGGAGACAGUGCUUCAUCCACCUUCAACGAACAGUGGCACGGACUCAAGGUCCCCAAUGCUAGAUUGAGAGAUCGCCCCAACGACGUGGUCGACUUCAGAGAGAUUGAACCGUUUUGCGUCGCAGCUAGUGACCUGAUCAACCCUCUUCCACCGAGUCUAUUCUAUGGUUCUGGAUGGAAAGUUUAUCACCCGCCUAGGCAUGCGGUCGUAGAAGACAGGCAUUACUGGUAUGCGGAGCAUCCGUCGUCUCGACUACGUAUACCCCUGAAACUCGGUGCUGGAGACGUCGGUAUCUAUUUCCUCCAGAGUCCAGUUGAUAAACCAUUGGGUAAAGUCAAAUGUUGGGUCGAUGACAAUGUGGCCGGAGCCAAAGAGUUGUCUGGAACGGCCGACAUUGAGGAAGUAAUGGCGACCCUCACCAUCAUCGAUCGUCACGUAUCCAGAGGUUCUCACUUUGUGGAAUGCCAAUUAGAGGGCGAAGUAGGUUCUGCCUCCCCUCCUUUCAAGAUUUUGGGAGUCUUCACAACAUGAUGCGUGUAGGAAUGUACAUGGUCAUUGAGAUGGGAUCAGUGGACCUUGACAGCCACGCCAUGGGAUUCAUUUCUUCAUUCAUAUAUACGCACGCUCCUUGGGUAAUCUUUGUCACUCUUCCGAGCUGCAACAUAGCAUAGAGCAAUUUGGAUGAUUUCUAUUUUCCGGAUUAAAAAAACUACAAUGGUCUUUGUCACCCUCUAUUUCGCAUGCAUCUCGAUGAUAGAGUGGAACAGCGCUCUCUCAGGGUCAGGGUUGGAUUGGAGGUAUCUACCUGACUGAGUUUGGAUGGCGCGAUUAUCACCAGCAUCUGCUUCUCCACCUCUGCGCGAGAUGAGUCAUUUUCUGGAGCGACGGCCCUGGGCGGGGGCUACGGAUGUCGGUCGAGUG